GAGUUGUAAAAUACGGAUACAGUGGAUACUUCGAGUGGCCGAUAAAAUCAACACAAAAGCAUACACAAUCCGGCUGCGGCGAUACCACCACGUUGAACGAUAACGUGGACAACCAGUCCAGGGUACUGAAGGGUAUCUUGGUUGUUUAAAUUCAGAAGGAAAAAAAAAACAAAUCAACACUACAUUUUUAUGUCAAUCUGCUUUGCUUUUCGGGAAAUACAAAGCAAAUAUUUUAUAUAUAUAUAUUUUAUUUAAUGCAAAAUUCUUGAUUCCCGAAAUAUUAUGCUUGUUAAUCGUGCGCUAUGUCAAAGUUGGCUAACUCAGGUGACUUACAGAUUUCACGGAAAUGUUGCAAGCCGAUUUCAAGCUUGUCGACACACUCUGUUCACACAGCGGGCGUGGCAGCCACCAGGGCGUUACUUUCACACCCACAGAUCCCGAUGGAGCAACAUUAGGUCGCCAGCGGUUGAGCCUGCGGCAGAGGGUGGCACGGUGCCACCGAACAACGUAAUCAAGGCAAUCGCGUUCACAGGUGCAUUCAGCAUCGGAUGCUUUGCUGGCGCCACGAUAAUUGAAUACGAGAACACACGGAGCAUGAUUCUUUCGAAGGCCAAACAGGCGCGUUUCGGUUGGUUACAAAAUCGCCUGCUUGUAGAUCGUGACACUUGGUGGCAAAUCAAGAACGAUGCGCGGCGCUUUUGGGAUUCAUUGACGCCCGGUGAUAAAACCUUUGCGCCCAUAUUGGUGUGUAAUCUGCUGGCGUUUGGAUUGUGGCGUCUGCCCGCAAUGCGCAACAUCAUGAUGACGUACUUCACAUCAAAUCCUGCAGCGCGAAUCGUUUGCUGGCCCAUGUUCCUCUCGACAUUCAGUCACUACUCCGUCAUGCACAUCUUUGCCAACAUGUAUGUGCUGCACAGUUUUUCUAAUGCCGCCGUCUUGUCUAUGGGCAAGGAGCAAUUUAUGGCCGUCUACCUCAGCGCUGGUGUAUUUUCCAGUUUGAUGAGCAUUCUCUACAAGGCGGGCACGCGACAACCGGGCAUGUCGCUGGGCGCGUCGGGCGCUAUUAUGACCGUAUUGGCCUACGUCUGCGCACAGUAUCCCGAUACACAGUUAAGCAUAUUGUUCCUGCCAACCGUUACGUUCUCUGCGGGUGCCGCCAUCAAAGUUAUCAUGGGCAUAGACUUUGCCGGCUGCGUAAUGGGCUGGAAAUUUUUUGAUCAUGCGGCACAUUUGGGUGGAGCCUUGUUUGGCAUCUUUUGGGCAAACUAUGGUGCGCAAGUGUGGGCGAAACGCAUUGGCUUGCUAAAUUACUAUCACGAGCUGCGCAGAACGAAACAGAAAUAAAUGCAAAUGACUUUUGCGGAAUUUUUCAGAAAUGCCAUUAUUUUGAAAGCGAAACAUGCAUCGGAGAAUCUUCAGAGAUCGUUCAGCCUUAGAGGCUCGUGUUAUCUUAUU